UUCCUUCCAUUUCCUCAAAAGGCUGAUCUAUUUCUGCAGCCUCGUUAUUCAGCAUCCUAACCCUAAUCUUUUCGCAACUUUUCUCGAUCUUAACUACAGAAUACCCAACCCGAUUGAACAAAACCCUUCUCUUUGAUCCAAGAAUUAAUAUAGAACUUUCAGCCAUUUUUUGCCCUUUGACGAUUGAACAAAGCCCUUCCCUAUAUCUUAGAAAUAGAACUUACCCCAUUUCAUUCUCUCCAUCAAAUUGGAAAUAAAAAAAACCCAUAAUCAGUGCGUUUGAUCUUUGUUUCAACAAAUCUUGAUUUUUUCUUUCCCGAAAGAUUUAUACACAAAAAGGAGGUUAUGGCUUCAAGAACAGUCGCUAAAGAUAUUAUCACCCUUCGUGGUUCAGCGGCAAUUGUCAGCGAGUUCUUUGGGUAUGCUGCAAACAGCAUUCUCUAUAAUCGCGGAGUUUAUCCGGAAGAGAGUUUUGUGAAGAUGAAAAAAUACGGGCUUCCAAUGUUACUUACUCAGGAUGAGGGUGUCAAAUCCUUCAUUGCCAACUUAACCGCUCAGCUUUCGGAAUGGCUAGAAGCUGGAAAAUUACAGAGGAUUGUUCUUGUAAUAAUGAGUAAGGCUUCCAAUGAGGUCCUAGAAAGGUGGAACUUUAGCAUUGAGACCGAUAACGAGGUCGUCGAGACGGGCGUCUCAAGGGAGAAGAGUGACAAGGAAAUCAUGAGAGAGAUUCAAGCUAUCAUGCGGCAGAUUGCUUCAAGCAUUACCUAUUUGCCAUGCCUCGACGAACCAUGUGUUUUUGAUGUGUUGGCAUAUACUGAUAAAGAUGUUGCAGUCCCAUUCACUUGGAUUGAGAGUGACCCAAAACUUAUAGCUAAUCCACAGAUGGUCAAAUUGCAUUCCUUUGAUACCAAGAUUCACAAGGUUGACACUCUUGUUUCGUACAAGAACGAUGAAUGGGACGAGCAGUAGUAGAGAGAGCGCAGCAGCUACUCACUCGCCACUUGUUUCUCUUCUAUUUGUUUGUUCCUGCUUGGCUUGAGUGUGUGUGGUAUAUUGUGAAUCUUUUAUUCACAUUUUGUAGAAAUGUCCAUGUGUAAACAUGGAACUAAAGAAAAAUCACCAUUGUCCUUUUGUCUUGUUGCGUCCUUCUAGUUUAACUUGUUAUCGCACCAUUGAUAUAAUCCAAUGGUGGACUUACGGGGAUGUAAAAUGAUCAUUUCUCUAAAUUUUCGUUUGUAUUAAGGUAACUUGAAUGGACUGAAAUCGUGUUAGCCAACCGCCAUACAUUGAAGUGUAGUUGAGAAGAAAACUUGAGUUCUGAGUAAUUCUUGAAUUGAUAAGAACAAAAUUAACUUGAUGCAAAAUGUAGAAAAAAUCAUCCAUUAUAAAUUAACCAUAUACU